AUGGUGAUUAGCGCUGCUGAAAAACUAAUAGCGAAUGAUGAUUUCGGAGAAAUGGGUAAUGCAGGAGAUUCAAGUGACACAACAGAUGACUUUAUCGAUUUCAAUGAACCAGAAUUUCAAUCUAAACAAACCCAGUCUCAACACUCGCAAUCAACUGCAGAGAAUGAAAAAAAGAAAACAUCCAAAAUCGAGCUGGAACUUUGUAAAUUUCUAGAUGACAAAAAAAGUGGCUUGAGCUUGUUAAAUGAUUAUCCGGUUAUUAAGAGAGUGUUUAUAAGGUACAAUACAUGUCUGCCCUCUUCUGCGCCAGUGGAGCGCUUAUUCUCUUUCGCAACAAUAAUAAACAGUCCGCGGAGGAAUGCUCUGACCGAUGGAAACUUCGAGAAAUUGGUCAUUAUGAAAGCCAAUAAAGUUAAUCAGUGA